GCCCACUUUUCUACAAAGCGCACAUCACCAACAAGAAUGAGGAAGUUAAAACUCAAAUAAAAGUGGAUUUACUCAGACAGAAAUCAGGAUAAUCUGUCAAACGGAGACAAGAUGGGCAAAUGGUGGUCGCUAAAUUUAUUGAUCUCCUUGGGAUGGAUAGUCUACUCCCUUGCCCAACUCCAAGAAAUUCACAUCAAUGAUGACUUAAAUAUUAAAAAGGCCGUGGAGCUUUUCAAUGCCGAAGACUCAUCCCAGUUCCUGUUUAAACAAAUCAGUUACCUGUCCGACAGCUACCAAAAGGUACAAUAGGUGCAAUUUCUAAAUUAUACUAAAAAAGUAAUAGUUGUAUAUUAUCAAUAUAUUAUUUCUGUAAUUUAUGGCACAAAACAUUUAGAAUUCAGACCUUGAUUUAAUAUUCUUGGAUAAGGUUUUCAAAUGAUCAAAUAUUUUGGAGAAACUUUUUAAAUUUUAAAAUGUUGUACUUUUUUGAUAUUUUAUGAUAAAUUUAUAUUUUUGAUAUAUGAUGUAUUUUUGGGGCUAUUUUAACAUUUUGAAAAAAUAAUUUUAAAAGUUUAUCCAAAGAUGUUAAAUCAUUUGAAAAGUGUAUCCAACAGCAUUGAAUCAAGGCCUCAGAUAGCCUUAGAUAAGUAGUUGGCAUCUGCCUUUUUAAGUCGGGGUUGAUUUCAUUCUAUACACAGUCUGUUUAUACGAUGUUGUUUUUUUAGUCUUACAUUUUCUUAUCACAAAUGUAUUCACAUUACAUAUGAUGCUGCCAUAAUGCUGUCUAUAAUGCUGAUGUCCAGAUGCCCAUUCUUUAUUAUUGCUUUAGUUAUGAAAAAGCAGUUUUUCGUGGUUGAUUAGGAACCAGCUGAUAUUUUAUCCAUAUGAUAAAUAAUUGCCAGUUUUCUGUAUUUACGUAUCACAUGUCUUCUUUUCGUAGGUAGAAGAAGACUUUGGCAUUGUGACUUUCAUUAUUAAAGAGACCGUGUGCACCAAAUCUGAGAAGUAUAAUAUUGCUGAGUGCAAUUUCAAUCCAUUAGGGGUAAGUAAAUGUUAAAUGUCAUAUUGUUAUAGUAGAAUGCCAGAUCUCACACAACUUGGGAAAACACUCUUAACAAUCCCAUUUACACAUUCAGGGUUAUUAACUAAACUGAGAAUUCAAAGAGACAGUGAAUUUAAAGUUUGAGGCCAAAGUAACCAGACUUAGAGAACCUCUCAAAUUCAGCGGGUGUGGACUUCAAUUUAAAAUUCACUUUGAAUUCUUGCCUUAGUGAAUAACCCUGUUUGUGAAUUGGGCUAUAAAGAAAUCAAUUGACUGUGUUAGCAUGGUUUCAAUAUGGAUAGUAUUAAUCCGUAGAAGUUUGUAUUUUAGAGACGUUCACAGAUUAGUCUAUAUAUUCUGUAUAGCAAUUGCAUUAUGGCUAUCAUUUAGUGGCUUUUAAAAAAAAGCUUAGACGUGGAUAGAAACAGUGUGGUUUUGUUCUGGUGCGUUCACUGUUCUCUAUAGUCAGUGUGGACAAUUUUGCAUUGAUUUUUUUGUUCACGUUUCUGUGGACAUUCUGCCAUGUAUUAAUUUGUCUCAAUAAGCCAUCACCUUUCAUGGAAAACCACAUGGACCUGUAAGUAUCAGCUGGAGCAUGGUUUGAUUGAUGCAUUUGGUUUGUCUUAAAUAAAAUGAAUACUGAUUUCUGACACAGGAUACGAAGUGCUAUCUUUACCCCACUGACCGUUUUAAGGUUCAAUGUGACAAGUCUGCUUUUAGAAACUGUGACAAAAUAAGACACCAUUGUCACAUCUUGAAUGGUUUUAUACCAGCAUUGAUCUAUUUUAUUUUUAUUGUUUUAUUUUCAGGAGAUUAAGAUGUGCACUACCUACGUGUCUGAAGAGCUAGAAUCCAAUAUUGCCUGUACCACCAUAUCGGAAGUAAGACAAUGAUAAUGAGCAUUUACUGGAAUAUAGUGGGAUAUUUAAAGGUCACCAUUGGAAAAUAAAGUCAGGUUUUAGGCAUUCACGGAAUUCUCAAAAUUAUUGAUUUGAAAAAUGAUACAAUUUAUAUGCAGUCUGUGCUCCAACAAAUAUUAUUGACAAAACAAAUAAUAAUUAUACAAAUCCGACAUCUUUGUGCAAUCUGAUAUUUGACAUCAUCGCACUGAGAAAUUAAAAAUGUGUUUUAAUUAUGUGACAAUGAAAUGGCAACAUUUCCAGUUAUUUAGCUUUUGAUCGUCAAAGGACAGUUAUUUCUAAAGUUUAAAAUUAACAUUUUAUGAAAAUGAUUUGUAGCUGCCUAAACAGGAAUGAAAAGGUUUUUUUAAUGAUUCAAUAAAUAGUGACCUUUUGCCUAAACAGCUUUAAAAAUGACAAGACCUCCAUUUGUCUGUUAGUACAUUAUAUAAGCAAUUUUUUUUUUAUUAUCUACCAGGCUAUAGAAAAUGUUUAGAGCGUGACAUGUCUAUUUUAAAUGAAAAUUGUGAUUUCACGAGCAAGCGCUGAGUGUAUGAAAAUGACCUCUGAGCCUCUUUAACCCCUUAAGGACACAUGGCAUGUGUGACAUGUCAUGAUUCCCUUUUAUUCCAGAGGUUUGGUCCUUAAGGGGUUAAACCAUUUAAUGCUCAGAUAAGCAGUGAUUUUCAAACAUAUAGCGACUUCACGGAGCAAGAGUCAGCCAUGAAUUGUGCAAAUAUUUACUCAGAUAUACGCAUUUCAAAAUACCAAAGAAGAGACCAUGUUUAGAAUGUUUAAUUUUUACAAAAAAUGAAGACAAUUUGCAUUUAAUACCAGAGUCAGUCCGUCAAUUACAAUUUAGCAAGACUGCAAAGCUGCAUUUUUUUCAAAACAAAGAAAUAUCAAUUACAUUUGAUUUAAAACAAGGAGGUUUUGAGUGGUCAGAGGCAUUAAAAUCGAGGUGUUCCUUUAUAACUUUGGAAAUGUCUCAUAUAUUGUUAAAUUUCCCCUUCCUUAAUAUUGUAAAGCGCUGCGGAAUAAUUCGGUGGUAUAUAAAAACCAAUAAUAAUAAUAACCUCAAGUGUCAUUAUUGGUUUGGGAUUUUUUUUGGGGGGGGGUGGAGGGGGGGGAAUACCACCACCAUCCAAUUUGAGCUAGUAGAGUGUAGCUGAUAGACUUUGAAGUCUUUGUCUUUCAAUUUUACACCAUUCGGCGUACUUCCGUUUUCUUUGAUUUUAAAAUGCAAAUUUUUUAGCAUUUUUCCAUAAUUCAUUUAAUAAUAAUGCCUGCUUGAUAUGUGUGUAUUACAAUCGUCAUUCAUAACUGAUGAAUUUGUGUGUUCUUUGUUUGCAGAAUCGGCGCACAAAGCGUGCAUCUAAAAAACGCUGCAAUUUCUGGUGCAAACUGAAAAGUGGAGCAACAAGCACCAUAGCUACAGUCAAGAUUCCGACACAAUUUUAUAAACACAAAUUAGCCUAAAUCCAUCAUUUAUUUUCAACUUAUUAGAUAAGAUGUAAAACUUACUGACACUUUGGGUGUUAUGUAUAAAGAAUAAUUUGAGGGCAAAUUUCUAAAAGUGGAGCCAUCAACUUUAAGAACAUGUCCAACAAUUACACUUUAUACAUAACCCCUGUUGAAAUAAUGUCUUGCUAUGGGAAUCCCACUUCUCACACCAUUACUUACAGAGUAUAUUAGCCAGUCCUGCCUAGUUAGUAAAGCAUCUAUUAUUUAAGAAAUAAUAUUUCCUUUAGCAGAGAUAAACAAACAGUAUAGUUUGUUAAUGUGUCACAUGUAAUGUAAAUGGGGACUAGUUUAAAUCCAAAUAUUCAAGUUUUGGAAACUCUUUACAUGUUCUCAGCUUCGAUUUGUUAACCCAUUAUAUAAACAAUAAACAGGCUCUCUGAUAGAUACAACUGGCAACACUAUUAUGUUUCAUGUUAUACUAAAGUUAUAUGUAAAAUGCAACUAGUUCAAAGAGCAAUGAUAAAAUUAUCAAUAAAAACAUAUAUUUCAACAUUAAAUGGUACAUUUUACACCAAAUUUACAUAUGA